UUAAGGAGGGGCAGAGGAAAAAGAAAAGGUAUGUGGCUGCCUCAUAUAGUGUGAGAGGGAGUACGGAAGCAGGAGAGAUCAUAAGAGAAUAGAGACUCUGAUCCAUCAACGUCCGUUCUGUGAGCCAUGCAGCUGCUCGGUCAACUGUUCUGCUUGACUGUGAUGCUUCACCUUGGUGUCGUCAUGGGUGGAAGAGCCCAGCGUAAACAGCGGCAGGCUGAAGAGAAGUUAAGGCCAUAUUUGGGCAGAGUAGACCCAGAAUCCCUAUGCCAGUUGUUGAAAUGUCACAGUCCUAUCGGUUCCUGGUGCCAAGUAGUGAAGGAGGAGGGAGUUCUCACCCCUAAAUGUGUGUGUCCAAGUACCUGCCCACGGCAGAGGGCACCAGUGUGCAGCGUUUUGGGAAGGACGUACAGCAACGAGUGUCUUCUCCACAAAGAGGCCUGCCGCAAAAAACGACGCAUUGGCAAGGCACAUAAUGGAGCUUGUCUCGUAAGUGAGACUGGAUGCUCUAAGGAAGAGUUCGGGCAGUUCCCAUACCGUCUGCUGGACUGGUUCUUACUCCUCAGCCGAAUGGGAGAGAGAUACACACCAGCAGCACCUUCACAAAGCUGCCUCUCUCACACACAGCGAAUGCAGCUCGCACAGAGGAGGUUUGUUCUGCUGGAUCGUAACAGGGAUGGGAAGUUAAGCAGGAGGGAUCUGAGAAAGCUACACUAUAAGCGGAUGCCGCUGGAGCACUGCGCUCAAAGAUUUUUCCAGUCAUGUGACAAGAACCAGAAUAAGAAGGUGACCCUGAGGGAGUGGACAUCCUGUCUGGUGAAGCGGUCUGAGCGCUGGUUUCAGGAUUUCAUGUCCAUGAAGAUGGGCUCUCCAAAGCUGUGUCCGGUUCAAGACAACAAUCUUUGAAUUGAUGUGUUUUUAUAUGUAUAUAUGGGUGGAACUGUAUUUUGAAGAUAUGAUGGAACAUAAUCUUGAUCUAGUCCACUGCCGAUUAUGAAAAUCAGAUUUUUU